AUGGGGGCUGGUGUUUCCACAACUGCCACAGAAAAUGAUGUUGGCACCUCUUCUUUGUCCUCAGAGACCACCCUUGAUGAUGUCCCUGAGAACUGCAUCUCUUCUCUGAUGAUGAGUUUUGAUCCACAAGAGAUUUGCACAUUGGCCAGAGUCAACAAGGCCUUCCACAGAGCUUCUUCUGCUGACUUUGUAUGGGAAUCAAAGUUGCCUCCAACCUAUAACUUCCUUCUCAACAAAGUUCUUGGUGAAAAAAAUCUUGCUUCCAUGACCAAAAAAGAGAUCUAUGCCAAACUAUGCCGACCCAAUUUCUUUGAUGGUGGCACCAAAAAAGUUUGGCUGGACAGAUGCACUGCACAAGUCUGUUUGUUCAUUUCUUCAAAAGCCUUCAAGAUUACAGGAAUAGAUGAUAGAAGAUAUUGGAAUUAUGUUCCAACCGAGGAAUCCAGGUUCAAAAGUGUUGCAUAUCUUCAACAAAUGUGGUGGGUUGAAGUAAUAGGGGAUUUGGAGUUUGAGUUUCCAAAGGGGAACUACAGUGUAUUUUUCAAGCUUCAAUUGGGGAAGCCCACCAUGAGAUUGGGCCGGCGAGUGUGCAACCUCGAUCAAGUUCAUGGAUGGGACAUCAAGCCCGUUAGAUUUCAGCUAUCUACAUCCGACGGCCAGAGUUCACUCUCCCAGUGCUAUUUGAGUGGGCCUGGAGAAUGGGCCCACUACCAUGUUGGAGACUUUGCAAUUGACAAGCCCAAUGGGCCAACAAACAUCAAGUUCUCUUUGGCCCAAAUUGAUUGCACUCACACCAAAGGUGGUCUUUCCAUAGAUGGGGUAGUGAUUUGCCCGAAGGAGUCAUCAGAAAGUGUGAAACAAUUUUAG